AUGAGCUCUCAAAAGAUACAAGAUUUCAUAGAUGAUAGCAGCUUUAACCCGCCGCCUUCAAGGGCAGCUAAUGACCCCACCGGCGUGCCGAUUUUUCCGCCCGAAGAGAGCUGCGGCCGUGAUUUUCAACCUUUCCACCUACAACAUCGUGAUUUCAAGAUCAAAGCCCUGCCCCAAGAACCACUUGAAUUAUUCCAGCUUUUCCUACCUAUUUCCCUUAUACAGUCAUGGAUUGAAUACACCAACAGCUGGGUGGCUCACUUAAUCGAAAAUGCCGUUAUUGAUAACUGGAACACCCCCCUGACCGAACAUUCACAUAUCCUCAAGUGGGAAGGCCUCUCCACUUCAACAGCCUAUAUAUGGCUUGCAAUCAUGAUUUACCUAGGAAUUCAUAGGGAAACAACGAUAAGGGACCAUUGGAAGUCCCCUAGCCUAGGAGAUCAGCGCCCCCUCCACUCGAUUAUUAAGUUCAUGCCCCUGAAGAAGUUCAAGCUGAUCACAAGGUAUUUCCAUACCUUUGAUCACACCAAGCUCGAUGUGACCAAUGAGAAGGACCUUCCAAAGACCUUCCAAGCGGCUAAAGAGUGGUCUGACCACAUGCAGAAGGUGUCUCUUGCGCUCUAUCUUCCAGGGACUAAUCUCACUGUAGAUAAGUGUAUAAUCCCUUUUAUAGGCAGAUCAAAAGAGACAACAGUCAUCAAGAAUAAGCCUACGCCGGUAGGCUUCAAAGUCUGGGCUGUUGCGCAACAGGGCUACUUUUUACAGUGGCUUUGGCACGUGAAGGCAUCACCAUACAAAGCUGUUAUCGUCGAGCUACCUUCAACGAAGCCCUAUGGCAAGAAAGGAAAGCUACAGACCGAGAUUUCUCUAAACAAUAAUCUCUUCUCGUCGCCGCACCUCUUCCGUCAUCUUCGCACGCUUGGUAUCGGGGCCACAGGCACGGCACGCCCUAACUGUGGUAUCACCACCACGAUGAAGCAGAUAAAAGAGACCGGAAAGGCCCCUGAUGGCUCUACUUUAAAGUAUAAUAAGGUCAUCCAAAUUGCUUGGAAGGAUAGUACUAUCGUACUCUUCCUUUCGACUGUGCAUAGCAGAGCUUCUCACGAGCGCACACCAAAAAAGAGGAAAAUGCCCGCCAAAAGAGGCACAAAGGCAGAGCAAUAUCGCCUUCAAGAGUACUUCAACGGGGAAAGCUUCAAGAUAAUCUCUAUUCCUACUAUUGCCGCUCAGUAUAACAAUGAAAUGAAUCACGUGGACCGCGGCGAUCAGAUACGCUCAUACACAACAUAUGAGCAUCGCUUUCGCCGAGGGCCUUGGCAGGCGUUACUAUGGUCUUUCCUCCUUGAAGUCGCACUUGCGAAUAGCUUCAUUUUACAGCGAGAGACGACACAGCCCCAUUGGAAGCCUUACAUAACGCUAAAGGAUUAG